AUGUCAACAUUGCCCCCAUCACGUGCCCAUUUGUUUAUUUUGACCUUGGCGCAUCCUUAUGAUUUGUUUCAACCGAUCUAUCCUUGCCCUUGGAACAAUCUUCUUUUGCAACCUCUACCACCUUGCCUCCUCUCCAGCAUUGUCACUACUGUGGCCUGGAUUAUCACCCUGGGGAACAAUUCUAUCCACAAGUUUUACCCAUUGGUCAGGGGCAGACACUCGCAGUUGGAUCGGGGGGACGAGCUGCGGUACGACCUGGCGGGUGGCCCCUGGCGGGUCCGGAUCGCGUACGGCGCGUCCGGGCCAAUCGCCGGGGCGCAGAGAGAAUCGUUCCGGUGGGAGUACUGGGACAGGACGACGCUGGCAUGGAGGUUCCUGGUUGAGGCCACGGGCCCCUCGCAAGUCGAGGCGGCUUUGUGGACUCUCCACGACCCCCAAGCCCAGUUGCCGACCCAGCGCUCCUCCUGGGACCGAUUCGAGCACCUGCAAGGCGGCCGCGUGCAAGCCGCCAUUCCGCUCAAUGCGGUGCGUGACCGGUAUGUGGCCGCCCGCGCUGGUCCCCCUGCUGCCGCUGCCGCUGUUGCUGCCCCUGUUCCUCCGCCUGCCGCUGCCGCCCCUCCUGCUGCUCCUCCGGCCCAACAACAGCAGCCACCACCACAACAACCUGCCGACCCGACUUCUUCUGCGCCUUCGGGCGACGACAAUGCUGAAGACGAAUCCUGA